GUGAGUGAGAGGUUAUUAGCUUUUGGUAAACCUUUUCCUUGACUGUAUUUUGUCAGCAUUUAUUCUGAGUAGGCUUCACAGUAGAGAACAGGAUUUAUUUUCUAAAGCUUGGGCAUAUUGAGAGUGGGAGUGUGUUUUCUAACUGUGUGCAUAUCCUCUGCCAUGGCAUCACUGACAUCCUCCAGCCGCACAUCCUCCUCAUCCUACCGCUCAUCAUCACGUUACAGCACCUCCAGCUCCUACCGGUCAGAGGGCUCACUGGGCGGAUCAUCCAAUUCUCUGGAUCCCCUUUUUGAGCCGUUUCUUGACUCUGCUGAUCAUUCCAGUCUGUUUGGAGAAGAAAGCCCUGGGGGACCCAGCUGUUUGGCCCCCUUUAACAGGCACAGCAGAUCCUCCUAUGGUCACAAUGCUCCUGUAGGUGGUGCUGUGAUGGGCCGACAGAGCAGCACAGGUGGCGGGGUGCGAUGUCUAGGAGACAGCUACUGCAUAUCAGCUGACGUCAGCCAGUUUGAGCCGCAUGAUGUGGUGGUGAUGGCCUACAACCACCAUGUUGUCAUUCAUGCCCAGAAGGUACUAGAUGAUGGAAGUGUCAGCGACACAUUUACCCAUAAGUCCCUGUUUCCAGAGGAUAUGGACCCAUUGUCCGUCAGUGGGAAUCUUAACCCUGAUGGUACCCUGGUGGUGAGUGUCCGCCGGACCACAACACUGGGUGGGCUGGAGUCUCCGAGUGUUCCUAUCUACCGCAGUGAGGCUCACCUUUGACUUGUGGCCUCAAAGUGCUCCUUACAGUAUCUCAGCUACCAUUGUUUUAUGAUUAUAUGAUAAAAUUCAGUGCAGUUCACUCACUGACCUAUCAAGCCGAUAAAGAAACUAGAAUUUAACUGGAUUAUGUCUGUGGAUAAGUAUUAUAUAAUAAUAGCUAUUUUUAUCCCUCGUUUCAGCACACUGUUCAACAAUACCAUAUCUCCACAGUUUCUGGCUGGAAUAUGAUGAUUAUUCAUACCAUUGAUUUUAGUGACCUCCUGACCUUAAGUCCAGCAUUACUGUUAGGUCAAAGUUUUAUCUCCAUCAAAAAUUUUGUCAUUUUUGGUCAUUUGUUUUUGCUGCCUGUGUCAAACUUACUCUAGCAUGAUUAUCCAAGUGGCUCAAUGCUCCACCUUUAGGCUACAUAAGAGACAUAAACAUCUAUCAGGCGGGUUUUUAAGUUUAUGAGAUCAUGGUGGAUAGAUGAGGGGAAAUAAAAUUGGGUUUAUUUAAAAUUGUACUUCAUGCAAUUUCAAUGAUACCCCUUUUGCACCAAAAUUAGCAUUGGUUCUUGAACUGGAUCCAGGACCCUUGGAAUCUCUAUGCUAUCUCAUGAACCGGCCCAUGUUUCCACCAGUCCUGAUUAGAGCUAUUGUAAUCAAGGAUGAGUCAUAAAAAGAGGGCCACUGCAUACUCAAUUUAUGUCUCUAUCGUUGACUUCUCCAUCCUCUGUUUCCUACGUGUAGAAUAUUACACGCCUGCUGAUGUUUUCAUGGUUUGCAAGUAUUCUGCUAUUUUUUGGUUCCAUCUGGGAACCAACUUUUCAGGCUCCAAAUUUUUAAAAAAAUAUUAUUUUCUUUUUAAAAUUCUUUGAACAGUAACCCCACAUUGGCGGAAAAGGGGUAUGUAUGGAUUUUUAUGUAAUUAUACAAUGUUUCAAAUAGUUUUGAAGGUUUUUUAAAAGAUUUUUUUUUUUUUUACAAUAACAGUGAAAACUUGUGCACUCUGUGUCACUUUUAACCAAGUGUCCUUGGAUCAGAUCCAUGAGUUAGAUGGGUGCUAUUUGUCAGAUAAUUUUAAAUCCCACACACAAUGGCUUUAACUUACUGCUAUGACAUACUACACAUAGACUAUUCAGGUUCCUUGAAGGUCCAUGUUUGCCUUGCAAAAAACUUGCCUUAACUCAAUUUAGCAAUCCUUUCAUUUGAACAAUGUGAUUUCAUACUUUUUUCAUGUUCAUCUUGUGAAUUCAUACUGUACGUUACACAUGUCAAACUAAAUUGUAUGAGGAUUUGGUCUUUUUUUAGGCAUACAAUAAAUGUGCAUUUUUAUAAAAAGUGUAAAAUAAACUUUUGUUAAUUGUAA